GAAUAAUAGCGUAUUUGCUAAAGGAUUGCCUCAUACUGUUAUUUUUUCUGUAGAACACAAAAGGAGAUAAUUGAACGCAGCUUUUUCCUUAAAACAAGUUCAUGGUGCCCAAAGUUGUAUCCCUCUUCCAUGUCUAUAGUAAGCAGAUAUUAUUGAUCAUGUCUGUUUAUUUAUGUAAACCUGCACUCUCUUUAUGAAUGGAGGUUGAGAUGUGCCAUGUCCUAACUGUGCCCCCUCAUCAUGCUUAGAAGAAACCAGGAGAUUUGCAACGGCUUACUGCUGGCUUUAACGGUUAUGUAAAAUCCAGCACUGGCGUAUCAUUUGCUCAGAUUAAAAAGGGGUUGGACUUUAUGGCCAGACAGAUGUGUUCAAAUGCUGGCAGAGCAUUUUCACUUGAUGCUGCAUUGGGAGUGGAUUGAACAUGCCUGCAUCUUUGAUGUCUACAUGUCAGUGUCUCAGCCUUUGGUAGCGCAGGUUGUAGACCAUAGACUUCAGAGAUGAUGUUCUGCACCACCUUCCUGUCAGCCCCAUCUGAUGAGAUACUGGACGGGGCUUCGGGUAUGGGAGGUUGCCUGGCUCCCCUGCAGUGCCUUGUGCUCCCAGAGGAUGAGCUCUACGCUCCGUUCUCUGACCCUGCGACGAAUCUGCGACACAGUGAGCGUGGUUGUGUUGUGAUGGGUAAACUCCUCCUGGACAUGAGUUUAGGUGGUGGAAAAGUUAGUGGCCGUUGUAGCCCUUCUGUUGUACCCUCUCCUGCUCACGGUUAUCUAAAGCGUGCGGUUGCAGGGCCAUCAGGACCUACAGGACCUGCGCUGCCGAUGGCGACAGUUGACAUAAAGAACCCAGAGAUCAGCAAUCAGCGUUCUCACAAUAACGCUCAAAUGAAUAACAUCCACAGCAACUUCAGCAAGAAAGACAAAGCCAAAGGGAAAAACAAGAAGAAAAAAAUAUCCAAGGCUGAAAUUGGCACUCCUAGCAAUUUUCGGCACGUUGGGCAUGUUGGCUGGGAUCCAAACACUGGGUUUGAUUUAAAUAAUCUGGACCCAGAGCUGAAGAACCUCUUUGAUGUGUGUGGCAUUUCUGAGGCCGAGCUCAAAGACAAAGAAACGUCUAAGGUCAUCUACGAUUUUAUCGAGAAGAAAGGAGGAGUAGAGGCUGUAAAAAAUGAACUUCGACGACAAGCUCCUCCACCUCCACCUUCAAGAGGAGGACCACCACCUCCUCCACCUCCCCACAGCUCCGGGCCUCCUCCCCCACCUCCUUCCCGUGGCCAAGGAGCACCACCCCCACCACCUCCAUCAAGAGCACCCAACACGGCUCCGCCGCCUCCACCUCCCUCCCGACCAGGUAUGGGAGCACCACCUCCUCCACCCAGUAGAGGGCCCAUGCCAGCUCCCCCUCCACCUGCACCACCCCAACCUGCCUCCUGUCCACCGCCUCCACCUCCUCAAACUUCAAUGGGUGGAGCACCACCACCACCACCGCCACCUCCACCCCCAGGACCCCCACCUCCUGCACCUCCUCCCCUAUCGUAUGUGGAUUCAGGGGAGUCACUGGGGGGUAAAUCUGCACUCCUGAAUCAAAUUCGUGAAGGGACUCCGCUGAAGAUGGUGGACCAUAACAACAAGGCUCCAGUGUCCAGCGGUGGUCGUGGCGCACUCUUAGACCAAAUACGAGGGGGCAUUCAGCUUAAAAACGUAUCAGAUAUUCCAGACUCGACCCCACCCACUCCCGCCUCUUCAGCUGGCAUUGUGGGGGCGUUGAUGGAGGUAAUGCAGAAGAGGAGCAAAGCAAUCCACUCUUCAGAUGAAGAUGAUGAUGAUGAUUUAGAAGAUUUUGAGGAUGAGGACGAGUGGGAAGACUGAUGACCAACGCUGCCCAAAAGAAUUAAGACACUACAUUCCUCGUCUUUCUAAAUCUUAUAAAAUUAUAAUGUAAAUGGAUGACCGAUUUGCUGUAAAUGUUUGUUGCCUUUAUGCUUUUUUGUAUUAAUCUGUGCAAUACCUCAUUUAAUCUGUAAAGGUUUGUCAUAAUACUUCUGUAUAGGUUUUAUUUUCUUCUCCUGGAAUAACGUGCAAUUUUACAUCAAGUGUUCUUGAUUUGUAGAGUUGAAUGUUUUGGGGUCUUUUUGUUUGGUUCGUAGCCAGAAGGGAGGUUUACUCUAAAGAACGAGAUCAGCAAGUCUUUAAUGUUGAUAUUGUGACUUGAUGCAAGACAACACUAUUUUCAAACUUAUGUACUUUACCUUUUCUUAUUCAGAUCCUAGUUUAGCACUAUUAUUUUCUUAAUAAAGAAAAGCAUAUUUAGCCCCAUUGCUAAUUUGUAAAUUUGCUCAGAGUUUGAGUCGGUUUUAUAUUUUUGCACGAAUCAGAAAAGAUUAAAAAAAAGAGUUCAUGUGAAAACAAGUUAAUACAGCAGUUAUGUUUACACAUUGUGUGCUAGCUACUAUUUCAGGACUCCCCGUAACAAACACUACAGUUAUUAGAAGUGGUGCUGUCUUCAUGUUUGCAUAUUACUGCUAUAACUUUGAAUCUCACUGGCAACGUCCUGUUGUGCAGAACAGAUUCUAUUCAUGUAUAUGUUGAAUGGACAUUUUGUGUAGAAACAGUGUGUGUCAUUUGUUUUUUAGAUUGAACAUGCUAGAAGCAGACUGUUCAUACACUUUCCAUCUUUACUAAUAAUCCACUGUGAUGCUACACUAAAUUAAAGAGCCCUGUCGAGGGUUGUUACUCAUUUCAAAAGAUGACCUGCAGUGGGUCGUAUCGGCGAAAUAAUGAAAUGGUUACACUGUUUUUAACGGUUUCGUAUAGCUGUUAAAAAUUCGGUCAUAUCUUUUACAGUUUUUUUUUCUUUUUUUUUUGUCCUUGUUUUCAUGCAGGGGUUGUAUUGAGAAGCAACAAAGACUUGAAACCUUUAAAAUUAGAUUGAAAACAGAAUUAUUAAAAUUGUACACUCAAAUAAAUGUUAAUAUUUACAGAG